ACCGAAAUCACAUAUAAGGUUGGAUUUGGAGAUUGGGUUGGAUGUAACGCGGUACCAAACGCGAGUGAUCUGUUGUCAGUAGGAAUUAACUGUAUGAAUAUUACCGGGAAAAUAAAUAUUUUUUGAAGAAUGGAGUCUCCGCCUGACCUGGAAACAGUUUACCAGGCUGUAUAUUCUUUAUAUAAUAACUCAAAUCCUUCGGGGCCAGGAAAAACAUCUCAAUGGUUGGACGAAUUACAAAAAUCAGUAUUUGCAUGGAAGAUAGCAGAUGAAAUGCUGCAGCAAAAGCGAGAUGUUCAAUCUUGUUAUUUUGCUGCUCAAACAAUGCGUACUAAAAUACAGCUAUGUUUCCAAGAAUUACCUGCAGAAGCUCAUGUUUCUUUGAGAGAUUCUUUAAUGAAUCACAUAUCACAAAUUAAUGAACAUACCAAUUCUGCUAUUGUUACACAGUUGUGUCUAGCACUGGCAGACCUUGCAUUGCAAAUGUCUUCUUGGCAAAAACCAGUUGUCGAUUUAAUUAAUAGAUUUGGUGGAUCAACUGCUAGCUUAUGGCCAUUACUUGAAGUAAUGACAGUAUUACCAGAAGAAGUAAAUUCAAGAUCUCUUAGAUUAGGAGCCAAUCGCAGACAGCAUAUAUUACUUGAACUUAAUGCAAGUGCAGAUACAGUUACUGAAUUUUUGAAAAUGUGUCUCAAAAAUGGUGGAGAGAAUGUACAAAUUCAUGUUACAAUUCUUAGAUGUUUUACAAGCUGGAUUGCAGUACAUGCUAUACCACUUGUACCUACAAGUGAUGUAAUUAUAUAUACUCUUCAGAUACUUGGAAAUCAUAUGACUGGAUCUCAAUUACAUGAAGCAGCUGCAGAUUGUAUAUGUGUAAUUCUCCAAGUUUUGGAAGAAGAUAGUAAUAGCAAUCGGGACAAUAAUAGUGAAUCUAAUAUACAGCUGCAACAGUUACAGCUAUUUCUUUUUACCAGUGUAAUGUCUUUAGAACAAGCAUACCAUUUGUCUGUUGCACAUGAAGAUAUGGACAAAUCGAUAAAUUAUUGUCGGAUUUUUACGGAAUUAGCGGAAACUUUUUUGGAAACCAUGGCAAAUGGCAGUGUAGGAGGAAAGCAACAUUAUGCUAUCAAAAUUCUUGACCUUGUCUUAGUGUGUGUUGGACAUCACGAUUAUGAAGUGGCGCAGAUAACUUUCAAUCUAUGGUACCGUUUAUCCGAUACAAUUCUCUACCAAAAAAAUAGUGAAGACCUAUAUGCAGUGUUCCGUCCUCAUAUUGAAAGAUUAAUCGGAGCAUUAUGCAGGCAUUGUCAAAUGGAACCAGAUCAUUUGGGUCUGGUGGAAGAGGGAGCUGGUGGAGAAGAAUUUGCAGAUUUCAGAAAUCGUGUUUCAGAUCUGAUAAAAGACGUUGUAUUUGUAGUUGGAAGCAGUCACUGUUUCCGGCAAAUGUUUUCAUCCCUGACGGGUGGACCAGGACCACAGGGUCAACCUAAUCAUGUACCUACAUGGGAUUCGACCGAAGCUGCUUUAUUUGUAAUGCAAGCAGUCGCAAAAAAUAUUUUGCCAAAAGAAAAUGAUGUAGUGCCGAAAGUAGUAGAGGCUAUUUUACAUUUACCAGAAAAUACUCAUAUAGCUGUUCGUCAUACAAGUAUACUUUUAUUAGGAGAACUUUGUGAGUGGAUAGAAAGUCAUCCAGAGUUCUUAGAACCUGUUUUAAAUUUUCUUUUGACUUGCCUAAGUCAAAAGGGUUUGGGAAGUGCAGCUUGUGGUGCAUUAUUAAGUAUAUGUACUGCUUGUCCAUCAGACAUGGCUUUACACUUUCCAGGAUUGUUGCAAAUAGCAGGUUCUCUUGACAGCUUUGCUAUCAGCAACGAUGCCGCCAUUGGUUUACUUAAGGGAGUGGCAUUAACCAUGUCAAAUUUGAGGCAUGAUCAUCUUAGACAGGCCAUGAAAGAAUUAUGUUGGUUUCAAGCUAGACCUUUAUGUGAAAUUAUGGAACGUAGAAUUCCAAUUGAAGUAGGAACAAAGACUGACCCUGUGGUAUGGCUAGACAGAUUAGCCACUAUAUUUAGGCAUACUGAUCUGGACUUUUUUAGUUAUCCUAAACCUCACCCUUGUCAAAAUGCUGUUACCGAAAUGUGGCCUGUAUUAUCAAAUGUAUGUACAACAUAUCAACAUGAUGCAAAAGUAAUGGAGAGAUGUUGCCGCUGUUUAAGAUUUGCUGUUCGUUGUGUAGGAACAGAUUCUGCCCAUCUUCUUGAGCCACUUGUAAAACAGAUUGUGCAAUUGUACGCAGCUCAUCAACAUAGCUGCUUUUUAUAUCUUGGUUCAAUAUUAGUUGACGAAUACGCCAUAGAUUCGGAAUGUGUCCCUGGUUUAUUGAAAAUGUUGGAAGCAUUUAUUGGACCUACUUUCAAUAUCCUCCAACAACAAGAUGGAAUAAAACAUCACCCUGAUACAGUAGAUGAUCUGUUUAGAUUAUGUGCCAGGUUUCUUCAAAGAGCUCCAAUACCUUUCCUGUGCUCAGUCGUUAUAGAGAGUAUAAUUGACUGUGCCUUAAUGGCCUGUAGCUUAGACCAUAGGGAUGCAACUGUUUCAGUAAUGAAAUUUUUUUAUGAUCUUUUGCACUGUGGUCGCAACAAUGAGAAUCAGACGGAUUAUACAAUGCGACAGGAAUUAGUACAACGCAUAUUAAAAGAAAAAGGACAAACUUUAGUCAUAAGGCUUCUUCAUGCAACAGUGCUUUCAUUAUCGUCCUACAUGUUACCUGAUGUAGCAGAUGUUUUUCAUGAACUUUCUGAAACUAAUAGACAACUACUAUCCAAAUGGUUAGAAGAAGCCAUUAAGACUAUGCCAUCACAAAAUGCAGGUGGUUCUCCUACAGCACAACCUGAGCAGCUGUUUGAAUUUCAUAAUACGGUUGUAAGAGCGGAAACACCAAAAUCGAUAACUCAUGCCUUACGCAAUUUUGCACGUUUGUAUCGCUGAUACAUUUUAAUGUAAAAAUUAAGACUAAAGAUAACAAAAUUGUAAACAGCAAAGAUCUUCCAGGACCCUCCAUUUGAAGGUAUUAAAGAAAAAUAAUUAUUGUGAAAUGGUAAGUCUGUGCUGUAAAAGUGUAUUAGCAAAUUUUUAAAUACUUUGUAUUUGUUUACUAUCUACACAUUCCUUCACAAAGUAUGUAAAAUGGAUAAAUAUAAGCCGACCAUCUUGUAAUAUGUGUUUCUUAAUUUUGCACACAAACAUUGUAUUUAAUAACUUUUUUUAACAUACAUAUUUUUGCCAUAAAAAAUGUAUUAAAUAUAGAAUUUUACACACUGCUCAUUUAUCAAUUAUUUAUGUUGCUAUUAAUAUAGUUUUAUUGCAUUUGUUUCCUAUAAUCUUCGAAUAUAUGAUAACCAUCAGAAAGAAUAUCCAGAUUACCUAUUAUAUUAGGUAUGUAUCUAGUCAACUAUUUGAAAUAACAUUAUGCAUACUUUGUAGAUAAAGUGCAGGUAGUAAACAUUAAAAAAUCAGAGUGAUUAUAUAUUUUUGCUUUCCGUUUUAUUUACACGAACAAUCCCAUAAUGGAAUGCUAUUACAUUACAUACAAAAUAUAAAAGAUAUGGUAUUCGAUUUGACACUCUUUAAAAUAUAUUUUACAAUUAUGUUUUUAAUGCUUCACGACUUUUCUUUAUAUGACUAUAAUAAUAUGGAGAGCAAGCAACAGACUUUGCAAAAGGAAUUUUAGUAAACAUCUAAAUAACAUGUUAAAGUAUUUAAGAAUAGAUCACUAAUAUUACAAUGUAAAUCAUCUUGUGCAUACAUGUUACAAGGAAUGAAACAUAUGUACGAAUUUUACAUGAUAAAACUUAUUCACAUUUCUGUAUCUUUUUCACAUGUUUCGCAAAAUAUAAUUUUAUAUAUAUGUA